AUGGAAAACUCAUCGCAAAAUGUGUUGAGACCGUCCAAAACUCGACGUGGUAGCUUGAAGGGUGCUGGCAAACGUGUUGGUGCCCAUAGGACGUCCUCUUACCAACCGAUUACUCCUCCAUCGACUAUCAAGAAGUCGUUACAAAAAUGCGUCUCUGAGGUUCCGCAGCCGAAAAAAUUGUUACCAGCGCUCCAAAAAUGUGCUUCUCAAACUCGCAAACCACGUCUGAAAUAUCGUCCACAGCCUAAUUCUGUUUUUGAUCUGGGUUUGUAUCUCUCUGGGGCGCGACAAUCCUCCCAGUGUAGCGAAGCCAACGCCCAGUUUCUGCGGUACGCCUUACAACAUAGCAAGAGGGUUAUCGUGAUAGCGGGCGCAGGUGUCUCAACAGACGCUGGUAUUCCAGACUUUAGGUCUGUUGAUGGUCUUUUCUCUACUCUUAAGUGCCCCGGGCUCAGCUCGGGAAAGGACCUCUUCGACUACAAUGUUGUUUAUUCUAGUGCCGAGAUGGGUCUUCGAUUCAACCAGUUGAUUACAGAACUGCAUGAGAAAUGCUCCCAGGUUGCGCCUACUCGUUUCCAUGAGCUGAUCAACUCCAUAGCGCAAGAAGGACGACUGCGCCGUUUAUACACCCAGAACAUCGAUGGUCUAGAGGAUCAAACUUCACAUUUACAGUCAAAAGUGCCACUGGAGAAGCCAUUCCCGUCUACGAUUCAGCUUCACGGUAGUAUCAAACACAUGUCCUGCAAUAAGUGCUCCAAGAUUUACGGACUGGACCCCAGCCUGUUCAAGCUCCAUGAACACCACGUCGAUCGUGAAAUUGUGCCUCUUUGUCCGCAAUGCUCCGAAUUCGAGUCCGUUAGAGCGGUCGCUGGACUGCGUUCUCAGGGUGUCGGUAAACUAAGGCCACGGGUGGUUCUCUACAACGAAACGCAUCCAGAGGGAGAAAGUAUUGGCAAUGUGGUGCUAAAAGAUCUAAAGGGCAAACCAGAUUGUCUGAUCAUAGUUGGAACUACGCUCAAAAUCCCAGGCGUACGAACCAUGUGCAAACAGUUUGCCCGUCAAGUUCACGACUCACGCGGUAUCGUGGUGUGGAUUAACACCGAUUUGCCUGCCAAAACUCUAGAGGAUUUCGUCGAAUGCAUAGACUUGAUAAUAGUGGGUAACUGUCAGAUGGUUUCUGAGAUGGUAAAAUAA